ACUAUUGAUAUGGCUAUGUCUAGUACUUUAUUAAUGCGGAAAAGUUUUUUAAUAAACGGUUUUAGAAGUUUAUGGAGUUGUAGGAUAUUACUCACAGAUCGUAUUGAAAAUGAUACACAACAAUCAAAUCAAGAACAUAAUAAAGAAAGCGAGGAAGAAUAUGAGAAGAAUAUCAAAUCAAAAAUUCUUGAUGCAUCUUUAAAGUAUGUUCAUGAUUUGGGAUGGAGCCAGCAAGCCAUCAGUGCUGGUGCUGAGUCUAUUGGAUAUCCUGGGAUAAUUCAUGGAUUGUUCCCCAAUCGAGCAGCAGAUUUGGUUCAUUAUUUCUAUUUAACAUGCAAUAAGGAAUUGAAUAAAAUCCUUAAAGAACAGGCUUUUGCUGUUCAAGAAAGUCCUACUAAAGAGACAAAGACACUAGAGUUACAAAUACGCCAUGCUGUUCAAACAAGGCUUAAAAUGGUCAUUCCCUAUAAAAAAACAUGGCCACAGGCUUUAGCUCUUAUGGCUCUUCCACCUAAUGUACCAAUGUCACUAGCUAAUUUACUUACAUUAGUAGAUGAUAUUUGCUAUUAUGCUGGUGAUAGAUCAGUUGAUAUAAACUGGUAUACUAGAAGAGUAGUAUUAGCAGGUAUUUAUAAAACUACAGAAUUAUACAUGUUGCAAGAUAAUAGUGAGGAUCAUCAAAAAACUUGGGAUUUCUUGCAAAGACGAAUAAAAGAUGCAACACAAAUUCAUACGAUUCUAACAACAACUACUGAUAUGGCUUUACCAGAUCAAGCUUUAAAUCGUGCUACAGAAGCAGCGAGUGCUGUUUUUGUUACGGCACGCAAUAUACUUGGAUUAAAUUGGAAUAGGUAGAAAAUGAAGACUAAGACAGAUUACUUAAUAGCUUAAAAGCAUGAAGCAUUUUA